AUGUCUCGAAAUGGCCAGCAGGCGCUGUCUGCUCGCGGUCUGACAGCCUCCUGCUCGUUAUUUUGGCUUGCCGAUAUGCAUCCAAAGUUCCACGCUAGCUCCUCCUUCGUCACGUCUAUCUUUUUGCAGUAUCUCGCGAAUGCCGUCCGCGCUUGCUGGGGUGUUAUUGCGUUCGGAUCCGCCCUGGUCCCCGCCCUGUAUCCCAUCUCCUUGCGGUGGCUCUUGUAUGAGUCCCCAUAUGACCAUGCAGGCCAGGCCGUGAGCGUGGGCCGGUCGGGCCUGAUCCUGCGGGUCCCUGCGCGGCUGACAUGGCCAGCCAAGCCGUGUGCGCUGCCGUGGGCGCUGUCGUGGGUGCUGCCGUGGGUGCUGCCGUGGGCGCUGCUGUGGGCGCUGCCGUGGGCGCUGCCUCGGGUGCUGAUGCUAUAUCUGUGA